ACUGCCGAAGUGUGCGUCUGUUAUCCACAAAAGUUUCGCGUUUUGUGCUUUUCUUUGUUUACUUCAACGAAAGUACAUUUUCUCAGUACGCGGUGAGAAAUCCAUUUCGCACAUUCCAUUGCCAUAACCUCAGACCGAUCUGUGGAAGUUCAGCUCUCGGGUCAAAAGGUUUAAAGUUUCAAACGUGAGACGUGGCGAAAGGCACACGUGGAGAAAAUCCACAUACCUGUGUGCGUACUAGAUCAAUAGAGCUUAAAGUUCGGUAGCAGCUCUCCGGAGUUCCCUAAUGUGGCUCUGGGAAUAUAUUAUGCUAAUCAGACAACGACGGGAGACAAGGCGCAAUGUCAGAGUUCCUUUGGUUUAUUUGGGCACAGGUGCUGCUGGUUUUUGCGCCCUCUACCUGAUCUUCGGCUCUGGCGCCCAGCUGCUGUGCAACAUCAUUGGCGUUUUGUACCCCGCCUACAUUUCUAUUCAUGCCAUUGAAUCGAGCACAAAGGAGGACGACACCAAAUGGCUAAUCUACUGGGUAACCUUUGGCAUCUUUACCGUGAUUGAAUUCUUUUCGGGUGUGCUGACUUCAGUGAUUCCCUUCUACUGGCUGCUAAAGUGUGCUUUCCUCAUCUGGUGUAUGCUUCCCACGGGACUUAACGGUUCCAAUAUUAUCUACGCUAAGCUGGUGCGACCUUACUUCCUGAAACACCACGAAUCCGUCGACAAAUUUAUCGACGACGGCAUGAAGAAGGCCGCUGGAGUGCUGAAGCGAGACUAAGAUGCGGAAGUGCCGUAGUUCCGCCCGUUGCUCGCUUAGACAUGCAUUUGGUUUAGGGCCUGGUCAUUACCCUCACCUCGUAUCGGUUACGUUUUGCAAUAAAUUUUAAAUCUGUA